AUGUCUGCUAUUCAAUCUAGUUUUUUUGAUAAAAUUGCAGCUGAAGGUGCACAUCUUGCAUUAUGGUCAUCAAUUAUGAGUGUUGGUGGUGGUCUAGGUGAAAUAUUUGUCAAUCAAGAUGCACGUAUGCAUAUUUCCGGUGAACAUGCAGUACCAGAAUUAAUUGAAGCACAUAAACGAGCAAAAUUAUUAAGUAAUAUAAUGUUAAGUAUAAGUGGAAUUUCUGGUGCAUUAGCAUAUCAUCAAACAAGAGAUAAAUAUUGGCUUAUUGGCUCAGCUUUAAUGCUUGCUGGUAUUCCAUACAGUGCUUUUGUUGAAAGUCCAACUAUUGAACAAUUGAAAUUUUUAACACUUGAUGCUAAAUCAGAAAAAGCUAAAAAAUUAUUAGCUUCAUGGAGUGGUAUUCAAGCUGGUAAAUUAGCAUUAGCUGCUGGUGGAGCAACUCUUUUCUACUGGUUUGCUCGUCGUUAA